AAUGGGGACAUCUUUAGAGGUUGCAACCGGAUUGUAAUAACUUCCUGUGGCUUACCUGAUUGAGAAGAAGCGCUUCCGGCAGGCUUGGCCCACUAAUCAACAAACCAGCCUUCCGGGCCGGACGCGUCUCUGGCCUCCGGCCUUUCGGAGUCGUACGGCUGCCCAGUGCCGUCCUGCGACACGGCAGUGAAUAGUGGCGCCUCCGUGUCUCCAUCCAGGUCCAGACCUGCCGGCUGCUCCGAGCGUCAGGAGACCCCAGGGACGCUGUGGUUGGCGCCUGCACCUGCCGACCGUGACCGAGGACCCCCUCGAGCGACUUGGGCGUUGCUUCGGCUUGGUGCCUGCCCUUCGUGCUCCUUUCGGUGAAGUUAGGGAAGAGGGCGGUGAAGGAUCCUGCCUGAGUCUUUGUCUCCUCACAUAAUACCUGGCAUUCGGUAAAUGUUUGUUGAAUUUGAAGAGACAUAUGGGCAAUGAAUCUGAAAAGGGAGUACAUCUUUGGUCCUACAGUAUUGCUGACACUGACACUUUUCUAAGUCAUCUUGAACAGCCUACUUUUUAAGUAAAUAACUGGCUAGACUUCAUAUUUUUUCACUACAGAAGCCUAUAACCUACAGUUGCCAGAGAUUUAAAAACACUAGUUUGGGAUAUCAUCUACAUUUAACUUGAAAGCUUUUCCUUUCUUAUCCCAAAAUGUUGAGAUACUGGGGAGAGAUACCAAUCUCAUCAAGCCAGACCAACAGAAGUUCCUUUGAUUUGCUCCCACGGGAGUUCCGUCUGGUGGAAGUCCAUGACCCACCCCUGCACCAACCCUCAGCCAACAAGCCCAAGCCCCCUACUAUGCUGGACAUCCCCUCAGAGCCAUGCAGCCUCACCAUCCAUACCAUUCAGCUUAUCCAGCACAACCGACGUCUGCGCAACCUCAUUGCCACAGCUCAGGCCCAGAAUCAGCAACAGACGGAAGGUGUAAAGACUGAAGAGAGUGAACCUCUCCCCUCCUGCCCUGGGUCACCUCCUCUUCCUGAUGACCUCCUUCCUUUAGAUUGUAAGAAUCCCAAUGCACCAUUCCAGAUCCGGCACAGUGACCCAGAGAGUGACUUUUAUCGUGGGAAAGGGGAACCUGUGACUGAACUCAGCUGGCACUCCUGCCGGCAGCUCCUCUACCAGGCAGUAGCCACAAUCCUGGCCCAUGCAGGCUUUGAGUGUGCUAAUGAAAGUGUCCUGGAGACCCUAACUGAUGUGGCACAUGAGUAUUGCCUGAAGUUCACCAAGUUGCUGCGCUUCGCCGUGGAUCGGGAGGCUCGGCUGGGGCAGACUCCUUUCCCCGACGUUAUGGAGCAGGUAUUCCAUGAAGUGGGCAUUGGCAGUGUGCUCUCCCUCCAGAAGUUCUGGCAGCACCGCAUCAAGGACUAUCACAGUUACAUGCUACAGAUUAGUAAGCAACUCUCUGAAGAGUAUGAAAGGAUUGUCAAUCCUGAGAAGGCCACAGAGGACACUAAGCCUGUAAAGAUCAAGGAGGAACCUGUGAGCGACAUCGCCUUCCCUGUCAGUGAGGAACUGGAGGUUGACCUUGCUUCUGGAGACCAGUCACUGCCCAUGGGAGUGCUUGGGGCUCAGAGUGAGCGCUUCCCAUCCAACCUGGAGGUCGAGGCUUCGCCGCAGGCUUCAAGUACAGAGGUAAAUGCUUCCCCUCUUUGGAAUCUGGCCCAUGUGAAAAUGGAGCCUCAAGAGAGUGAAGAAGGCAAUGUCUCUGGGCAUGGCGUGCUGGGCAGUGAUGUGUUCGAGGAGCCCAUGUCAGGCAUGAGUGAAGCUGGGAUUCCCCAGAGCCCUGAUGACUCAGACAGCAGCUAUGGUUCCCACUCCACUGAUAGCCUUAUGGGGUCCUCCCCUGUUUUCAACCAGCGCUGCAAGAAGAGGAUGAGGAAAAUAUAAAAGGAAAAGAGAUUUUCUGUCCAGACCUGUACGACUCAACAGAAAACCAUGAUAUAUUUAAAUUUGUUUCCAUAAACAGUGAUUUGACUCUUACUCUUAAACACAGUGGAUUUUCCUGAUUUCAGUGGAACUGGAUUUAACCAAACAAGUUUGCAUUUUACUUUUACAUCCAUUUUAUGUAGUUUUCCACACCAACCAAGCCACCUUUCACAGACAGAUCAUGAUGCUGGGACGGUAAUCAGGAAACCAAAGCACUGUCCCUGACCAUUGUCUUUACUGUGUGGCUAGACAAGUUACUUAGCUUCUCUAGAGCUGUUUCUCAUGCACAACUGAGAAGAAUCAUACCGCUUUGACCUACCUUGCAGGGAUGUUGUGAAGAUUGAGAUGUUAAUAAACCUCAAACCUGUGCCUGAACAGACUCACAAGUAAAUAUAUGCUGAUAUCAAAUGUCAAUUUUUUCUUUUAA